GGAAUCCUUCGGAUGAGACACGCGGGCUGCUUGAGCCCAAAUUCAUUCAUUUCAGUGGACCGCUCUUUCUCAAUAGAAAAACUUUGACAACAACACAUUCUGCACGGAUUAAUUUUUCCCUUGUAGGACAACACCUAACAGAGUCAGAAUAAGUGAAUUAAAGACCGAAUAUGACAAAAAUAUUGACAGCUUGCAACGUCGUCAAAUCACUGAGGCAAGGGUGGCUCGCAGCCAGAAGAAGCAGCAACCCUGCUUGUUUGAGGAGGUCUGCUAGGCUCUUCAGUGUUAAGGCCCAGAUAGCCCACCUGGUCCUGGAGGAUGGUACCCGGAUGAAGGGCUUCUCCUUUGGGGAUGAACGCUCUGCUGCUGGGGAGCUGGUCUUCAACACUGGCCUGGUGGGAUACCCAGAGGCUUUGACUGACCCCAGCUACAGAGGUCAGAUCCUGACCCUGACCUACCCCAUAGUGGGGAACUACGGCGUUCCAAACACUCAGGAGCUGGAUGAGCUGGGCCUGAGGAGGAACAUCGAGUCAGACCGUAUACAGGUAUCUGGACUCUUGGUGCAGGAUUACAGUCAUGAGUACAGCCACUGGAACUCUGUCAAGUCCCUGGGACAGUGGCUACAGGAGGAGAAGGUCCCUGCAUUGUUUGGAGUGGAUACUAGGAUGCUGACCAAGAUCAUCAGAGACAAGGGUACAGUGUUGGGGAAGAUAGAGUUUGAGGGCCAUCCAAUAGCGAUAUCAGACCCUAACCAGCAGAACAUUGUAGCAGAAGUCUCAACAAAGGAGACCAGAGUGUUUGGGAAAGGUAACCCCAUCAAAGUGGUUGCUGUUGACUGUGGCAUCAAACACAACAUCAUCAGGCUGCUUGUUAAGCGUGGUGCUGAGGUCCAUCUGGUGCCCUGGAACCAGGACCUGAUGAGUCUGGAGUACGAUGGCCUGUUUAUCUCCAAUGGCCCUGGGGAUCCCUCUCUGGCAGGAGACCUCAUACAGAACGUCCGCAAGGUCCUGGAGAGUGACCGGCCACAGCCUGUCUUUGGUAUCUGUAUGGGCAACCAGAUCACAGCACUGGCUGCAGGGGCCCAGUCCUACAAACUGCCCAUGGGUAACAGAGGUCAGAACCAGCCUGUACUCAACGUGAUGACGGGCCAGGCCUUCAUCACAGCCCAGAACCACGGUUACGGCAUUGACAGCACCUCUCUACCACCUGGAUGGAGCCCGCUGUUUGUUAACGCCAACGACGGAACCAACGAAGGCAUCAUGCACGACACCAAGCCAGUCUUCACGGCUCAGUUCCACCCAGAAGCUAAAGGAGGACCUACAGACACUGAGUUCCUAUUUGAUGCGUUCAUAUCCCUGAUAAAGAAUGGGAAGGAGGCCAACAUUGUAUCAGUCAUGCCCAAGAAGCCUGCUAUCCCACCUAGGACUCAGGUUUCCAAGGUGCUGGUGCUGGGGUCUGGAGGUCUGUCCAUUGGUCAGGCUGGGGAGUUUGACUACUCUGGAUCACAGGCCGUCAAAGCCAUGAAGGAGGAGAACGUGAGGACGGUGCUGAUGAAUCCGAACAUAGCAUCGGUGCAGACCAACGAGGUGGGGACUAAACAGGCUGACUCUGUCUACUUCCUGCCUGUCACGCCUCAGUUCGUCACAGAGGUCAUUAAGAGCGAACGACCUGACGGCAUCCUGCUGUCUAUGGGAGGACAGACUGCUCUAAACUGUGGAGUGGAGCUGUUCCAGAGUGGGGUACUGCAGAAGUAUGGGGUGAAGGUGUUGGGGACCCCUGUAGAGUCCAUUAUGGCUACUGAGGACAGACAGCUGUUUGCUGACAAGCUCAACGAGAUCAAUGAGAAGAUCGCUCCCAGCUUCGCUGUGGAGACGGUGGCAGAUGCCCUGAAGGCAGCGGAUCAGAUAGGCUACCCUGUCAUGCUACGUUCUGCCUAUUCCCUGGGCGGACUGGGCUCAGGACUCUGUGCCAACAAGGACAAGCUGGAGGAGACCGCUCGGAAGGCCCUGGCGAUGAGCUGUCAGAUCCUUGUGGAGAAGUCUCUGAUGGGUUGGAAAGAGGUGGAGUAUGAAGUAGUCAGGGACAUCGCUAAUAACUGUGUCACUGUCUGCAACAUGGAGAACUUUGACCCCCUCGGCAUUCACACAGGUGACUCUAUUGUGGUGGCCCCCAGCCAGACUCUGUCCAAUGAGGAGUACCACAUGCUGCGUGAGACGGCCAUCAAGGUAGUGCGUCACUUGGGCAUCGUGGGGGAGUGUAACAUCCAGUACGCCCUUCACCCUGGCUCUCUAGAGUACUGCAUCAUAGAGGUCAACGCUCGCCUCUCACGCAGCUCUGCCCUCGCAUCCAAGGCCACCGGGUACCCCCUGGCGUUUGUUGCAGCCAAGCUGGCUUUGGGCAUCCCUCUGCCGGAGAUCAAGAACACGGUGUCAGAGAAAACCACAGCCUGUUUCGAACCAAGCCUGGAUUACAUUGUCACUAAGAUCCCUCGCUGGGACCUCGACCGAUUCCAGGGCAUGUCCCGAGAGAUAGGCAGCUCCAUGAAGAGUGUUGGAGAGGUGAUGGCUGUUGGGCGUACGUUUGAGGAGAGCAUGCAGAAGGCUCUGAGGAUGUGCCACCCCUCUGUGGACGGGUUCAUGCCCCGCCUGCCCCUCAACAAGCCUUGGUCUGCUCAGCAAGACCUACACCAAGAGCUGGCUGUACCCUCCAGCACACGGGUUUUCUCCCUGGCCAAGGCCCUUCACAGUGGUGUGACUGUAGACCACAUCCACCAUCUCACUGCCAUAGACAAGUGGUUCCUAUACAAGCUACGACGCAUCACAGAGCUGGAGCAGCACCUGAGCCAGUUCAACAGUGCAACAUUACCCCAGACCCUGCUGCUGAAGGCUAAACAGGACGGCUUCUCAGACCGCCAGGUGGGCCAGGCCCUGGGCUCCAGUGAGGGGGAGGCCAGAGUGUUGAGGCUGGGUCAGAACAUUAAACCCUGGGUGAAACAGAUUGACACACUUGCUGCAGAGUACCCUGCUGUGACCAACUACCUGUACUGUACCUACCAUGGACAGGAGCAUGACUUGGAGUUCAAGGACCACGGUGUCAUGGUGCUGGGAUGUGGUCCCUAUCACAUUGGGAGCAGUGUGGAAUUUGACUGGUGUGCAGUGUCCAGUAUCCGAGCCCUGCGUCAGAUGGGCAGGCGGACAGUGGUGGUAAACCACAACCCUGAGACUGUCAGCACGGACUUUGACGAAUGUGACCGCCUGUACUUUGAAGAGUUGACUCUGGAACGCAUUCUGGACAUCACACAGCAAGAGGGCUGUACAGGCAGCAUCGUGUCUGUAGGGGGUCAGAUCCCCAAUAACCUGGCCAUGCCUCUGCACCUGAACGGGGUCAAGAUCCUAGGAACCAACCCCCAGCAGAUCGACCGAGCCGAGGAGAGGUCAGUGUUCUCCACCAUCCUGGAUGAACUGGGGGUGGCCCAGGCCCCGUGGAAGGCCCUCAGCUCACUGGAAGAUGCCUUUGCCUUUGCCAAUAAAGUGGGCUACCCCUGUCUCCUGCGCCCCUCUUACGUACUCAGUGGCUCAGCAAUGAACGUGGCAUACGGUGAAGAAGAGAUGAGGGGCUUCUUGGACGAGGCUACUCAGGUGUCUCAGGAGCAUCCAGUGGUCAUCACCAAGUUCAUCCGUGGAGCCAGAGAGGUGGAGGUGGAUGCAGUGGCCAAGAUGGGAAAAGUGCUGUGCCAUGCUAUAACAGAGCAUGUGGAGGAUGCUGGGGUCCACUCUGGAGAUGCCACCCUCAUGCUACCUACCCAGAGCAUCAGCCAGGGGGCCCUAGAGAAGGUGAAGAGUGCCACACGGAAAAUUGCUAAGGCGUUUGAGAUCUCUGGUCCGUUCAAUACUCAGUUCCUAGUGAAAGGCAACGAUGUCAUGGUGAUAGAGUGUAACCUGCGAGCAUCCCGCUCCUUCCCCUUCGUGUCUAAGACCAUCGGUGUGGACUUCAUUAGUGUGGCUACACGGGUCAUGGUGGGUGAACCCCAGGAUGAGGCUGCUCUGCCCUCUCUGGAGAACCCCAUCAUCCCUGUUGACUAUGUGGGAAUCAAGGCUCCUAUGUUCUCCUGGCCUCGCCUUCGUGAUGCCGACCCAGUCCUGCGCUGUGAAAUGGCUUCCACAGGAGAGGUGGCUUGUUUUGGACCAAACAUCUACUCUGCCUUCCUCAAGGCUAUGCUAUCCACUGGCUUCAAGCUGCCUACAAAAGGCAUCCUCAUCGGGAUCCAGCAUUCGUUCCGGCCCAACUUCUUAGCCACAGCACACCAGCUGAAUGAAGAAGGCUUUAAGCUCUUUGCUACAGAGGCCACCUCGGCCUGGCUCUCUGCCAAUGACGUGCCCGCCACCCCUGUGGCAUGGCCCAGCCAGGAGGGAGGAGACGCCAGCUUGCCCAGUAUUAUCAGGCUGAUCAACGAGGGCCACAUUGACCUGGUGAUAAACCUUCCCAAUAACAACAGCAAGUUCCUCAGGGACAAUUUCCUGAUCCGCAGGAUGGCUGUGGACCACGGGGUGCCUCUCAUCACCAACCACCAGGUGGUCAAGCUGUUUGCUGAGGCCAUAAAGUAUGCCAGCGAGUUGGACACCACCAGCCUGUUCCACUACCGCCAACGGGACGCUGACCGCCAACGGGACGCUGACCUCGAAAAGGAAGCUGACCGCCUUAGGGACGCUGCCACCGGACUGCAGGGCUAGAGCUGCACCCUUCCUUCCCCCGCCUCUUCUCAUCUCUCCCGCUAUCCCCGACCCUAUCUCUGACCCUCCCUCAUCCUCCCCCCAUCCCUCCCCCACAGGGCCCAGACACAGCACAGUACAGCACACUCCAUCAGGGUGACCAUGAUGACCCUUGACCUUUCACGUGACAUGCUUCUUUACAGAGUAGAGGUGUAUUUGUCCCCUUUCCCCUGAAGUGUGCACUCACGCACUCCUCCCCAUUGAUUUUAAAGUGUUGGAUUGGUGUAAGAAUGUUGGGCCAGAGGGAGUUUACACCAUAUUUCUUACAUCAGUCGACUCCUCUGAAAUCCAUGAAGGGAAGCAAACACUUUAGGAGGAAGGACAGAGAUUUGGACACAGGGCUCGUCUUCCAUGACAACUGUUGCUGCAUGUCUCUUUUCCUCUGUGAUGUCUGGCGGAUACUGUACCAAACAUAGUUACUGUAGCAUAGAUAGUUACUGUAGCAAAGAUAGUUACUGUAGCAAAGAUAGUUCUUAUACCAGAAGUUAAAUUGUUAUUGACACCUGUAAAUGUAGCCCAUAAUUAUAUGCCAAAUCUUUAUACAUGUGUUUUAAAGACAUUUCACAUCUAGGGAUAGAGGACAUAGUAUGUUGGUUUGUGAUCUCAUUAAACCACAUCCAAGGGCAGUAUCUUUCCUGUUUACACACCACAAACACAUUUUCUUUCUCUUAGUAUGGCUGUAUUUUCCUCAUACUGAAAACACAUAAAAACCCUUUGAUAUUUUGUUCGCCAGUUCAGGAGCCUUCAACAUUUUUAAGUCUAAAACAGACCUAGCUGACAAACGUUUAAAAGCAGCGGGUGGCCAUCCUAUUGUCUCUGACCAGAACAUCAGGCAUCAUUUUCUGUUCAUUUUCCGGCGACUCUACAUGUUGACUCACCACUGAUGGUCUCUAACUAACCCACCAGCUGCUGCUUUCAGCCGUCGGUCGGCACGGUGUGAUUUGUACGUAGUAAUGCCUGCUACAUUAAAGGACUCCGUUUGGCCAGUGACCCACACUACUGCUUCAUGCAUUCAUGCAUUUUGGUUAUGGACUAAAAAUGGUGCUAUGGACCCAACUAGGAUUGUAUGUGUGUGUUGAGUGCAGUGUUGGAAAAAGUACACAAUUGUCAUACUUGAGUAAAACUAUAGAUACCUAGAAAGUUACUCAAGUAUAAGUGAGUCACCCCGUAAAGUACUACUUACGUAAAAGUCUAAAAAUUUGGUUCAAAAUAUACUCAAGUGUCAAAAUUUAAGGUAGAAAUCAUUUCAAAUUCCUUCUAUUAAGCAAAGCAGACGGCACCAUUGUCUUGUAUUAAAAAUGUACAGAUAACCAGGGGCACACUCCAACACUCAGACAUUAUUAACAGAUAACCAGGGGCACACUCCAACACUCAGACAUCAUUACAGAUAACCAGGGGCACACUCCAACACUCAUACAUUAUUACAGAUAGCCAAGGGCACACUCCAACACUCAGACAUUAUUACAGAUAACCAGGGUCACACUCCAACACUCAGACAUAAUUUACAGAUAACCAGGGGCACACUCCAACACUCAGACAUCAUUACAGAUAGCCAGGGGCACACUCCAACACUCAGACAUCAUUACAGAUAACCAGGGGCACACUCCAACACUCAGACAUCAUUACAGAUAACCAGGGGCACACUCCAACACUCAGACAUCAUUACAGAUAACCAGGGGCACACUCCAACACUCAGACAUCAUUUACAGAUAACCAGGGGCACACUCCAACACUCAGACAUCAUUUACAGAUAACCGGGGGCACACUCCAACACUCAGACAUCAUUUACAGAUAACCAGGGGCACACUCCAACACUCAGACAUCAUUACAGAUAACCAGGGGCACACUCCAACACUCAGACAUAAUUUACAGAUAGCCAGGGGCACACUCCAACACUCAGACAUCAUUACAGAUAACCAGAUGCACACUCUAACACUUAGACAUCAUUACAGAUAGCCAGGGGCACACUCCAACAUUCAUACAUCAUUACAGAUAACCAGGGGCACACUCCAACACUCAGACAUCAUUACAGAUAGCCAGGGGCACACUCCAACACUCAGACAUCAUUAACAGAUAACCAGGGGCACACUCCAACACUCAGACAUCAUUACAGAUAACCAGGGGCACACUCCAACACUCAGACAUCAUUACAGAUAACCAGAUGCACACUCCAACACUCAGACAUCAUUACAGAUAACCAGAUGCACACUCCAACACUCAGACAUCAUUACAGAUAACCAGGGGCACACUCUAACACUCAGACAUCAUUACAGAUAACCAGAUGCACACUCCAACACUCAGACAUCAUUACAGAUAGCCAGGGGCACACUCCAACACUCAGACAUCAUUACAGAUAACCAGGGGCACACUCCAACACUCAGACAUCAUUACAGAUAGCCAGGGGCACACUCCAACACUCAGACAUCAUUACAGAUAACCAGAUGCACACUCUAACACUCCGACAUCAUUACAGAUAACCAGGGGCACGCUCCAACACUCAGACAUCAUUUACAGAUAACCAGGGGCACACUCCCAACACUCAGACAUAAUUUACAGAUAGCCAGGGGCACACUCCAACACUCAGACAUCAUUACAGAUAGCCAGGGGCACACUCCAACACUCAGACAUCAUUACAGAUAACCAGAUGCACACUCUAACACUCAGACAUCAUUACAGAUAACCAGGGGCACGCUCCAACACUCAGACAUCAUUUACAGAUAACCAGGGGCACACUCCAACACUCAGACAUAAUUUACAGAUAGCCAGGGGCACACUCCAACACUCAGACAUCAUUACAGAUAACCAGGGGCACACUCCAACACUCAGACAUCAUUACAGAUAACCAGAUGCACACUCCAACACUCAGACAUCAUUACAGAUAGCCAGGGGCACACUCCAACACUCAGACAUAAUUUACAGAUAACCAGGGUCACACUCCAACACUCAGACAUCAUUACAGAUAACCAGGGGCACACUCCAACACUCAGACAUAAUUUACAGAUAGCCAGGGGCACACUCCAACACUCAGACAUCAUUCCAGAUAACCAGAUGCACACUCCAACACUCAGACAUCAUUACAGAUAACCAGGGGCACACUCCAACACUCAGACAUCAUUACAGAUAGCCAGGGGCACACUCCAACACUCAGACAUAAUUUACAGAUAGCCAGGGGCACACUCCAACACUCAGACAUCAUUACAGAUAACCAGGGGCACACUCCAACACUCAGACAUCAUUACAGAUAACCAGGGGCACACUCCAACACUCAGACAUCAUUACAGAUAACCAGGGGCACACUCCAACACUCAGACAUAAUUUACAGAUAGCCAGGGGCACACUCCAACACUCAGACAUCAUUACAGAUAACCAGAUGCACACUCCAACACUCAGACAUCAUUACAGAUAGCCAGGGGCACACUCCAACACUCAGACAUCAUUACAGAUAACCAGGGGCACACUCCAACACUCAGACAUAAUUUACAGAUAGCCAGGGGCACACUCCAACACUCAGACAUCAUUACAGAUAACCAGGGGCACACUCCAACACUCAGACAUAAUUUACAGAUAACCAGGGUCACACUCCAACACUCAGACAUCAUUACAGAUAACCAGGGGCACACUCCAACACUCAGACAUAAUUUACAGAUAGCCAGGGGCACACUCCAACACUCAGACAUCAUUACAGAUAACCAGAUGCACACUCCAACACUCAGACAUCAUUACAGAUAACCAGGGGCACACUCCAACACUCAGACAUCAUUACAGAUAGCCAGGGGCACACUCCAACACUCAGACAUAAUUUACAGAUAGCCAGGGGCACACUCCAACACUCAGACAUCAUUACAGAUAACCAGGGGCACACUCCAACAUUUAGACAUCAUUACAGAUAACCAGGGGCACACUCCAACACUCAGACAUCAUUACAGAUAACCAGGGGCACACUCCAACACUCAGACAUAAUUUACAGAUAGCCAGGGGCACACUCCAACACUCAGACAUCAUUACAGAUAACCAGAUGCACACUCCAACACUCAGACAUCAUUACAGAUAGCCAGGGGCACACUCCAACACUCAGACAUCAUUACAGAUAACCAGGGGCACACUCCAACACUCAGACAUCAUUACAGAUAACCAGGGGCACACUCCAACACUCAGACAUCAUUACAGAUAACCAGGGGCACACUCCAACACUCAGACAUCAUUACAGAUAACCAGGGGCACACUCCAACACUCAGACAUCAUUUACAGAUAACCAGGGGCACGCUCCAACACUCAGACAUCAUUACAGAUAACCAGAUGCACACUCCAACACUCAGACAUCAUUACAGAUAGCCAGGGGCACACUCCAACACUCAGACAUCAUUACAGAUAACCAGGGGCACACUCCAACACUCAGACAUAAUUUACAGAUAGCCAGGGGCACACUCCAACACUCAGACAUCAUUACAGAUAACCAGGGGCACACUCCAACACUCAGACAUAAUUUACAGAUAACCAGGGUCACACUCCAACACUCAGACAUCAUUACAGAUAACCAGGGGCACACUCCAACACUCAGACAUAAUUUACAGAUAGCCAGGGGCACACUCCCAACACUCAGACAUCAUUACAGAUAACCAGAUGCACACUCCAACACUCAGACAUCAUUACAGAUAACCAGGGGCACACUCCAACACUCAGACAUCAUUACAGAUAGCCAGGGGCACACUCCAACACUCAGACAUAAUUUACAGAUAGCCAGGGGCACACUCCAACACUCAGACAUCAUUACAGAUAACCAGGGGCACACUCCAACACUCAGACAUCAUUACAGAUAACCAGGGGCACACUCCAACACUCAGACAUCAUUACAGAUAACCAGGGGCACACUCCAACACUCAGACAUAAUUUACAGAUAGCCAGGGGCACACUCCAACACUCAGACAUCAUUACAGAUAACCAGAUGCACACUCCAACACUCAGACAUCAUUACAGAUAGCCAGGGGCACACUCCAACACUCAGACAUCAUUACAGAUAACCAGGGGCACACUCCAACACUCAGACAUCAUUACAGAUAACCAGGGGCACACUCCAACACUCAGACAUCAUUACAGAUAGCCAGGGGCACACUCCAACACUCAGACAUCAUUACAGAUAACCAGGGGCACACUCCAACACUCAGACAUCAUUACAGAUAACCAGGGGCACACUCCAACACUCAGACAUCAUUACAGAUAACCAGGGGCACACUCCAACACUCAGACAUCAUUACAGAUAGCCAGGGGCACACUCCAACACUCAGACAUCAUUUAGAAAAUAUGCAUUUGUGUUUAGUGAGUCAACCAGAUCAGAGGCAGCAGGGAUGACCAUGUAUUCUCUUGAUAAGUCCGUGAAUUGGACCAUUUUCCUGUCCUGCUAAGCAUUCAAAAUGUAACGAGUACUUUUGGGUGUCAGGUAAAAUGUACAUUAUUGUCUUUAGGAAUGUAGUGAAGUAAAAGUUGUCAAAUUUAAAUAGCAAAGUAAAGUACAGAUACCACCAACCAAAAACAUCUUAACUAGUACUUUAACGUAUUAUUACUGAAAUACUUUACACCACUGGUUGAGUGUGUGUGUUGAGUGUUUUACUAGGCACCCUUUGAGAAAGCUUCUACAUUCUUGAUAUUUUGAGGCGGAUAUCAAGUUAUGAAUUUAUCCAAAGUGCUUCUGUCUUUAAAAAAAAAUAACUAUCUGAAAGUUUUUAGUUAUUUUGGUGACAAUUUUAGUUAACGAUCCUAACAGCUGAUUAGUUAUAUUUUACAUGUAUUUGUGUGUCCAUGUUUAUAAAUAAUAUGAGCUUACAUUUCAAAGUACUCUCCCUUUUAAAAACAUCUGCAUUCUGCAUACAUACACAUCUAAUAAAAGCAGUGUUCACCA